GAUCUCGCGAUUGUUGGACUUUUUUUUUUUUUUUUUUCGGGGGAGAGAGAGAGAGUUAUUCGGAAGAUGGCGCCCGUUGUUACGGGGAAGUUUGGUGAGCGACCACAGCCUCAGCGUUUGACAAGGGAGGCUAUGAGGAAUUACUUAAAGGGGAAGGAUGAUCAGACGGUUCUCAUUCUACAUGCAAAAGUUGCACAAAAGUCAUACGGCAAUGAGAAAAGGUUUUUCUGCCCUCCACCAUGCGUGUAUCUGAUGGGCAGUGGCUGGCAGAAGAAGCUGGAGAAUAUGCAGAAGGAGGGCUGCACAGAGCAGGAGGCCCAGCCUUGUGCAUUCAUCGGGAUAGGCAACAGUGAACAGGAGAUGCAGCAACUCAAUCUGGAGGGGAAGCACUUCUGCACAGCUAAAACUCUGUAUAUCAGCGACUCGGAUAAAAGGAAACACUUCAUGCUGUCGGUGAAGAUGUUGUACGGGAACAGCGCCAACAUAGGAGUCUUCCUCAGCAAGAGGAUCAAGGUCAUCUCCAAGCCCUCCAAGAAGAAACAAUCCUUGAAAAAUGCAGAUUUGUGCAUAGCUUCAGGCACCAAGGUGGCGUUGUUUAACCGUCUGCGUUCCCAGACGGUUAGUACCCGGUAUCUUCACGUGGAGGGGGGAAACUUUCUUGCCAGCUCCCAACAGUGGGGGGCCUUCUACAUCCACCUGUUGGACGAGGAGGAGUCUGAAGGAGAGGAGUUUGCUGUCAGAGACGGCUACAUACACUAUGGCCAGACCGUCAAACUGGUCUGCUCUGUUACUGGCAUGGCCCUGCCGAGACUGGUCAUUCGUAAAGUGGAUAAGCAGGCUGCACUAAUGGACGCAGACGACCCCGUGUCCCAGCUUCACAAGUGCUGCUUCUACCUGAAGGAUACAGAGAGAAUGUAUCUGUGUCUCUCACAGGAGAGGAUCAUACAGUUCCAGGCCACACAGUGCUCCAAAGAGUCUAACAGGGAUAUCAUCAACGACGGGGCAUCUUGGACCAUCAUCAGCACUGACAAGGCAGAAUACACCUUCUACGAGGGUAUGGGCCCUGUCCCCACACCGGUCACACCUGUCCCCGUAGUGGAAAGUCUGCAGUUAAAUGGCGGUGGAGAUGUGGCGAUGUUGGAGCUGACAGGAUCGAACUUCACUCCUAACCUCAGAGUGUGGUUUGGAGAUGUGGAGGCGGACACCAUGUACAGAUGCGGUGAGAGCGUCCUGUGUGUGGUGCCGGACAUUUCUGCCUUCAGGGAGGGCUGGCGCUGGGUGAGGCAGCCGGUUCAGGUGCCGGUCACGCUGGUCAGAAAUGAUGGAAUCAUCUACUCCACCGCCCUCACUUUCACCUACACGCCAGAACCGGGACCCAGACCCCACUGCAGUGCUGCCGGGGCCAUCCUGAGGUCACAUAGCACCUCCUCUUCAUCACCGGCGUCCUCAUCCUCGCCAUCCUCCUCUUUGGGCGGGCUCGUGGAUGUCCAAGGGGCGUACAGCAGUAGUGACUCAGGCAUGUCGUCAGGGGGGUCGACCAUGUCGGUGCUGUCAUAGUGACACUUAACCUAUUAGAGAUUUUUUUUAAUUUUUUUUUUUUUUUUUAAAUCUUGUUUGUUUUCAUCUUUGGAUGAAUGAGAGUCAAAGUGUGCACGGACUUUCCAAAGAGGCUCACGGACCUGUGAAGAAUUGCACACAGACUCUGAAACCUGUCGUCAUCGGAGGAAGCUCCAGAGAGGGAGACAAACUGACUGAAUCGUCUCUCUAGCUCCCUCUUGUGGCUGGUUACGAACAAGUCAAAAAGCCCUCAUCAAGAGACCUUCAUAUCCAAAAGACAUUGACCUACAGAUGAAUCUGCCUUCAAACUCUCCUAACAGCCGGGCUAGAACAUUUCGUUUUGAUCCGCCUGUGGAUUUAGGACUAUUGUUACCGUUCUCCCGUCCUACCAGGAUCACAAUUUCACACAAAAAAAAAACAUGAUUCAUCUGUCAUACGUAAGGGAAAAAAAUGUGUUAUAAGAGUAACAUAGUUUUUAAUGGACCAAGGAAUAUUAUUAUAUUAUUUUAUUCAUAUUAUAUUUUAUAAGCUUUGCCAUGGUACAUUUUCUCACGUUUUGUAUGAUAUGGAACAGUAGGUCGACUUUUGUUACCAAAUAGACGUUGUCAUGUUGUCGCCUCUACGGGGGGAAUAUGGAUAUAACCUUUAACUUUUUUAUUGAAAGUCUGAAUGAAGCUACUCUGCUUUGCUCCUCUCUGUUUAAACCAGGGCUGUCAAAAGAUUACCAUUCUAAAUAUCGAUAGUUAAUGGCGAUCAAUCUAAUUUUUAGUGUUUGAAAUUCCAUUAUUUCACAUUUAAAAAUAAUAAUUGUUAGGCUUUUAUUUUGAAAUCUCUGUACUGUCUCAAGCUGAGAGUACUUUACUCGCUGUUUGAAUUCAACCCUGCUUUUAUUUUGAAAUAAAGUUAGGACCUUCUGGUAGAUCGAAGGUAACAACAACAUCAGAGAUAGGACCUCGUUGUGGAAACUAAAAUGAAACAGCUCAAAGGAACAGUAACAAAGGUCAAUGUUUGAUGUCAUGAGGGCUCGUCAGCUGAGCUUUUUAAAGUGAAAUGAGACGAAGCAGUGUCGUUCUCUUACGUCACUGUGACUACAGGGAGACACUGCAGAGGCAUAUCUACGGUGAGCCUAAAGGGACAAAAUAGCAUGUGAUUAAUCGUGAUUAAAGCAGCCCUCGUUUAAACCUCACUGAUGUGUUCAACAGUCGUCACAGCAGUGUGCCUCAUGCUGCGGAGCUGAGACAAGAUCAGGAAGCGGAUGAUGAAUGAAGGCAUAUCUCUCUGCAGUUUGGGCUUAGCUGCUUUGAAUGUUUUGGUCAAUGAGCUUAACUGAUCACACCUCCACCCCACCCCCCCAAAAAAAAAGUCAUAUUAAAGAUGACAUUUAUGAUGCGUGAAAUGUGUGUGUGGAGGGUAUCAGUGUUGUCCUGGAGAACGCUCACACAAAGUCACACCACAAACAGAAACAGCUCCUCCUUUACAGAACUUUGUACUCUGCAACAUGACAAUACUAAGUUUAUGUAGUCUUAUAUUUAUCAUUUUGGAUGGGGACAAACUCCAGCACGAUGACUGAAUUGGCUUUGUUUGAAACAACCUAGUGCCAUUUAGACAGUGAUCUCUCUCUCUCUCUCUCUCUCUCUCUCUCUCUCUCUCUCUCUCUUGUGUAUGGCGGCCUUCACUAAAACUGACUGAUGAUCUGUGGUGUUCUUAAAGCUUCUGUGGUUUACAAUACUAUCAAUAACUGAAAUAACAGAUUGUAUCAUUUGUAGACUCGUGAUAUCAAAAAGUUUGACGACCUUAGCUCGGUGUCUUCUGAGACUCUGUGAUGGUAUACAUCGAUGCUGCAAAGUCUUGGUUUGUUACACCUUUUUAGAAACCAUCAGUCCAGCAGCCACGUCCCAAACUCUGUCUUCACUCUCCGUCAACAGUUCUGUUGUUGUCUGCAGAGGUGGAGAGAUGAGAAACUCACUUUGCCAGCUGACACAGAAGUUUAUAAAUCUUUGACUCGAUGAGGCAUCAGAUCUCUGAUCGUCUUAUGGGCUUACCUUUCUGCUGUGCCUUACAUUGAUGUUUCUGGUCAGUCAGAGUCGUCAUGUCCGACAUCUUAUCCUGCAGGUUGAAAUGUUGUGUUGUCAUGAAGUAAACUGUGUGCAGGCCUGCUAUAUCCACCUCAUCAUGGCAGCUUUGUUUAGCACAUCCAUUGUUCUUGUUUUAAUGCAGUAAGUGUCUUCACUGUCAUAUUCUGCUCUUCUCCCGUGAUGGUGACACCCCCGCCCCCCCCUCUUUUCACUCCCACGUCUGAAUCAUAUGGCUCUUACUGUAAAACUCUGAAGGUUCCUCUGAUAAAAAAAGGUCAUGAAUAAAAAAAAAAAAACCUAAAGCCUA